AUGAAGUCAAAACAAUCUUCAGUUCGCCCACUGGGCCAACGCUCUAUUGCUUCAACCUUCCUCUUUAGCGCUUCAAAUCGAGUUAGUGAUUGUAAGAAGAAUGUCGAAAUUAAAGCUCCCAAUCAAACGUGUUCUCGCGUUUCGCUAUCUGAUUUUCUCAAUCAAAAGUUGCACAAAAGUUCUGUGCUGCCCACAUCAGUUCAGGGGAAGCAGAGGCCAUUUGUGUCGCCACUAAGUCGUGAAGAAUUGAAAAGGUGUGCUGAAGGAGAAAGUGGCAGUAAGCAAAGAGGAGAUGCAAAUGUGAAUUGUUCUCUAGAAGGUGCUUUUGAAAUGUUCAAGCAUGUUGAGAAAUUUAAAAAGGAUAACACAGAUUCUUUUGGUAAUAAUGAUAGGGGAAGUAUUGAAACAGGUGACCUACAACAAACAAGAAAAAGAAAAAAUCUGUCUGUAGGCCAUGAUGAUGAGCCAUCUGCAAGAAAGCGUUUGAUAGUUCUUGGAGACGAUUCGAAGGCACCAUCAAGAGGAAAAAAGAAGAAUAUUUCUAGCAUGGAUGAACUUAAACCUCUCUUCAAUCAUUGCCAUGAUGAUGAGCCAUCUGCAAGAAAACGAAUGGCAGUUCUUGGAGACGAUUCAAAGCCAUUACGAAGAGGACAAAGGAAAACUUUCUCUAUCAAGGAAGAACAUAGACCUCUCUUCAAUCAUUAUGCAAAUGGGGGUGGUUGGUGGGACUCCAAUAUGGAAGGCGUUGAUAACGAAGAAGUCGGGUGCAAUGAAGUGUGGGAAGGAAUGGGCUCUAUCACGCUUGGAGGCCUUGAGUGGAACUAA